UCAUUAUCUAUGGGGUUUUGCGUUGCAAUUACAGGGAGGACCGCACCCCAUUACAGGAAGACAGAUAUCAAACUGAUGAAUGCCGGACUAAAAUAAACGAUUUAACGGGUCUUUAUGACAAUUUAAGGGAGGUUUCGAUCUCCUCUUUCUCUAUUUAAUAUUGUGCACCUGUAGAUAAAUUGUCAUCAUGAGCAGUGAACUAGAAGCCCUUCGCCAAGAAACAGAACAGUUGAAAAACCAAAUUAGAGAAGCCAGAAAAGCAGCAGCUGAUACCACCCUAGCUAGUGCCACAGCAAAUGUCGAACCAAUCGGGAGGAUACAAAUGCGCACAAGGCGCACCCUUAGGGGACACUUAGCCAAAAUAUAUGCCAUGCAUUGGGCAUCUGAUUCAAGGAACUUAGUAUCAGCUUCACAAGAUGGAAAAUUAAUUGUAUGGGAUGGAUACACAACAAACAAAGUUCAUGCUAUCCCAUUACGGUCUAGUUGGGUGAUGACCUGUGCCUAUGCUCCAUCAGGGAGUUAUGUAGCAUGUGGUGGUCUAGACAACAUAUGUUCAAUCUACAGUUUGAAAACACGAGAAGGCAAUGUGAGAGUCAGCAGAGAAUUGCCUGGACACACUGGGUACUUGUCAUGCUGCCGAUUUCUGGAUGACAACCAAAUUGUUACUAGUUCAGGAGAUAUGACUUGUGCUUUGUGGGACAUUGAGACUGGUCAACAGACCACAGCCUUCACUGGCCACACCGGGGAUGUCAUGAGUUUAUCCCUGUCUCCAGACAUGAGGACAUUUGUUUCAGGAGCAUGUGAUGCUUCAGCUAAGCUCUGGGAUAUAAGAGACGGAAUGUGCAAACAGACAUUUUCUGGACAUGAAUCUGAUAUUAAUGCUAUCACUUAUUUUCCCAAUGGGUAUGCCUUUGCUACAGGAUCUGAUGAUGCUACAUGCCGAUUGUUUGAUAUUCGUGCUGACCAAGAGAUAGGAAUGUACUCUCAUGACAACAUCAUUUGUGGAAUAACAUCCGUGGCCUUUUCCAAGUCUGGUCGUCUGUUGCUGGGUGGAUAUGAUGACUUUAACUGCAAUGUAUGGGAUGUGCUAAAACAAGACAGAGCUGGAGUACUAGCAGGACAUGACAACAGGGUGAGCUGCCUUGGGGUAACUGAGGAUGGAAUGGCUGUGGCCACUGGAUCCUGGGAUAGUUUUCUCAAGAUCUGGAACUAGAGGGAACAAACUGUGCUACAGUAACUCUCGACUGCGAAUUUUCUUCUUCAUUCAUUUCUCAUGUGAAUGAUAAAAAAAACAGUGAUUUAAUGUGGAUGUUAGUUAUUAUUCAUCAAGUAAUCACACUUUAGGGGGUUUGAUAAGAAGGCUGUGAGUGCCUGUCAGACUGUCUGUGGUAAUUGGAGAUCUGUUGGUAGAACAGCCAGGCAUCUGGUAUACUGGGCCGCCAUGAUGACAUGGUACCCAUCUAUGAUAAAUCCUUCAUUGUGGAAAUCAGAUCUUGAUAAUUUUAAAAGUUUGUGUGUAUGGAUAUAGACGUUUCACAUGUGUGCCAUGUGAUGUGUCCUUUAUAUUUCUUUCAGAGUAAUUAUAUGUGUAUGACUGUUAAUUGAAAACACUGCUUUGUCUGCCUGUACACAAAAGAUGUUAUUUCUGACAUGUGGAUAGAAACAGUUACGAUCAAAUAUGUAAGGAGAAGAGUAACACAUCAGACCUUGCAUGUUGAUCAAACAUGGGAAUUUUUAUAUGUAUACAAUUUUUUCAUUGUUGCAGGAACAGAUCAUGCAACAGUUGUUUUAACUUGGUUUUUAUAAGUGAGCUUAAGUGACAGAUGUUUUCCAUGUUGUCAGAUUGAGAUGAACUGAUAAGUAUGGUAGCCCUUCUAAAUGUAGGCUUAUGUGUCCACACCAUCCCCCCCUCAAACCGGAGCGCUAAGUGUUGUUUUGUAUCAUAUAUUUAAUUAGUGCAAUGAAUACCUGUAUAUUUCUUUAUUUUCUGUGGAAGAGGAGCAAUUGAUUUUGCAUUCUCUUUCACAAUUUGUAUCAAAUUUUUACUUAUGAAUGUAUUUGUAGCAUAUUUUCAUGACUAGGAGUUUUAAUUUAUAUCUAUGGGAUAUUUCCCUCUCUAACAAAAAAAAAUUGUGUUUUAUAUCUGUCUUGAUCAAAUCAUGAGGAAAAUUCAAAAUAUUGUAACUAAAAAUGUGUUUCAACAGUAAAUUGUGGUCUUGUUAUUGCUGUCAGAUAUUUAUUAUAUCCGUAAGUACCACUAAGUGAGAAAGCAAUGUAACAGUAUGGGAGUGAUUGUGUACAAGGUCCAAACUGUGUUAGUGAUUUGUCAUUUGUAGUCCAUAUAUUAAAGUUAAAGUCAGGAAGGCAUUAUAUUGAAAGUUUUAAAGAUUAUGCAUGUCUAAUUAGUUCAAUAUAAUAUUUUUAAAAAAUGACCGAACAACUUUUGGGAAAUUAGGCAUAAUCCAGAAAGUGCUUUUAUGUGUUUGGAUUUCUCUGAUGAUGGAACUGUAUGUCCCCCGGGGAGAACCUCCUCGUUGGUUAGUGUAGGUUGCUUGCUCCAUUAAUCAGGGGGUGUAUUAACUAGUCCUUCACCUAUAUUGUAAUGUACUUCUCGAUUGUCAAUAAAGCUUUUUUGUCA